GACGUGAGAAAAUAAACGAGUGUCUUGUACGUUAGGGAGAGCGUGAUCGUUGAAGGAACUACUUCUACAGUCAACAGCAGUGUAUAUCGAGCUAUAAAUAAUUUUACGAACCAGCAAAUCGCAUGGAAAGUAGCUCAUUAUUACGGUAGCGACAUGCCUGAAACUACAGCCUUGUCCUCCGCUCACGGCGGGUUUAUGGAAUUUAGUCCAACAAGGAAUGGCGACAAUGACAAGGAAAACGACAUUGCUGUUUUGAGCCUGGCCUUGUUUUCAAAGGCUCCUUUUGUAUCUUUUGGAACUGUGAGGCUAGGCACAUCCAAAUCGACUGCUUUGCGAAUCGAAAAUCCAACAGAGGAUACAGAGAUUGCGGUGGCUGUCCAUAAAAUCCCAUCGAGCAAAGGCUUUUCUGUGGACAGCGAUACAUUCACGAUUCGGCCCCAGAGCUCAUAUACCCUGACUCUCACCUGGACUCCAACAGAAGAGGGAGGAAUCAGAGAGCUGAUUAUUUUCAAUGCCAAUGGGGUCCUCAAGCACCAGGCCGUUUUGCUGGGGAAGGCAGAAGCCCCUCAAAAGAAAAAGAGGCGCUUAUGGGAUGUCAUUAAAAACAAGAAGAGGGGAUAUGAAAAAGGAUCUCCAUACGGAACGCCUCUGACGAAGAUGGCUGCCAAUAAAACAAUACGUGUGUCCCGGAAGCAACAGUAUAGAGUCCGCAGUCCUCUUGCUCCCCUCAAUGAUGGAAAAACAAGCAGAGUGAAGUCCAGUGGGGAAAAAGGGCGUCUCCUUUUCGCGGAUCAGGUGAACGUGGUCCAUCAGAAGCACCCUCGUCUUGCGUUAGUCACAAACGAGAACGAGAUGACUGGUAGUUCGGGCUCCUUGGCUGGGAAGCUUGAAAACAAAGAGCUUGCUAAAAUUUUGAACACGACACUCUCACCUAUCGGGACGCCAGAGCAGCUCAAAAAGCUCAUGCCUCACGUUGAGCUGGUGGAACACGCAGGUCCUGUGACGGUGCCCAAAGGCCCGGCGUUAUGUCUGACCGAUGCGUUGGCACUCAUCAACUCUGAUCUCGCGCCCAUCAACCGCAGUCCUAAAGACUCCAGUUCGAGUUGCGAAUUUUCGGAUUCCCUGGAGUUUAAAAACGAGGGUCCUGACUGCUUCAAAGCCCGUCCCAGUAGCCCAGACCAGUCGGAGUCUACGGAGCCGAGGCUGACUUUCUUUGUCAGGAAAGAGGUUGGUGCUGCCAAAGCCGAAAAGCACAAAAAACUGACGGUCCGAUCUUUCAACUGUGACACGGUGAUAAAAAGCAAAGCGAUGAAUUACGAAAGUGGACGAAAAAUAAAGAAGUCAAGGCGGCGUCUGAUGGAGCAAACACUUGAGUUGUUGGAAGGCAGCAGCCAGAGUGAGUCUGGACCGGGGAGCCCCCAACUUCCCGUGAUAGAACCAGACGCACAAACGGAGAAGCCCGAGGAAAUCGGCAGCCAAACACUCCAGGAAUUGACCAGCAAACAGACACCGAAACUGGAUGAUGCACAAAUGCCUAUUAACGUGCAUGUCAGCUCCCCUCGAACUCACUCGGGUGUCACCCCCCCAUCCCACAAUGUCCCCCCCGCCACAUUCACCCUGUCCCCCCCGUUACCCCUGGGCCAGUCUUCUCCACUUCACUGCAGCAACGCAUCAAAUCAUCACCAACCUGAAACGGAUUUGCUUCCCUGGCUGGUCUCAGCCAAUCAGUCCACCCAAAACGACUUCUUUCCUGUUCAUACUGUGACAAUGGGCAGAAAGAGGAAGAGUGAGCAUUCGAAAGGCUCCGCUAAGACCGACAACGGCGGGAAAAUUGAGCUGGUUAAAAAGAGCAAAAUGGUGACUUGGAGACGAGAGCCCGGGAAAUCGAUGCAGGACAGCGCCGCGUCUCGGAGGCCAUCGAUCAAGUCAAAAGGUUCUCUGCAUUCAACGAAAACUCCCGUGAGGACCAUAAAGUCGUCCGUCUCGGCUCAGACAAAGCCAGCAAGCGGCAAGCUCCCGCUGCGAGGUGCCGUCUCGCUGAGGUCAUCCAGAACAGAGCGUAGCAAGAUGGCUCCGGUGGCAAUGUCAAAGUUGGUCUUUGUCAAACCCACUCAGACAGCUAUUCCCAGGCAUCCACUUCCUUUUGCUGCCAAGAACAUGUUCUACGACGAGCGUUGGAUCGAGAAGCAGGAGAGCGCUUUCGCCUGGUGGCUCAACUACGUCCUGACCCCGGAUGAUUUCAAAGUCAACACGGAAACGACCAAAGUGAGCGCAAUGGGCUGCAGCGACAAGUUCAGUGUUCUGAAAGCUCCCACCAAAGAAGAGGUGUCUUUCCGCACGUACACAGCCCGGCGAAAAUUGAACCGCCUCCGCCGGGCGGCCUGUCAGCUCUUCACCUCGGAGACAAUGGUCAAGGCCAUUAAGAGGUUGGAGCUCGAAGUGGAGGCCAAGAGGCUCCUCAUCCGCAAAGACCGCCAUCUUUGGAAAGAUAUCGGUGAACGUCAAAAAAUCCUCAACUGGCUUCUUUCCUACAAUCCUCUGUGGUUAAGGAUUGGGCUUGAGACCAUCUUUGGGGAGAUGAUCUCGCUGGAGAGCAACAGCGACGCGAUGGGUCUGGCUAUGUUCAUCCUCCAGCGUCUUCUGUGGAAUCCUGACAUCGCGGCUGAGUUCAGACAUGCCAAAGUUCCUCAUCUUUACAAAGACGGCCACGAGGAGGCGCUGUCGAGCUUCACUCUGAAGAAGCUGCUCUUGCUGGUGUGCUUCUUGGACAGGGCCAAAGGAUCUCGCCUGAUUGAGCAUGACCCUUGCCUCUUCUGUGUUGACGCAGAGUUCAAGACAAGUAAAGACUUGUUGCUGGCCUUCUCACGAGACUUCUUAAGCGGAGAGGGGAUUCUCCCUCGGCAUCUGGGCUACCUCGGGUUCCCGGUGUCUCAUGUUCAAACCCUGCUCGACGAGUUCGAUUACGCCGUGGUGAAUUUGUCUGUUGACUUGAAAUGUGGAAUUCGACUGGCGAGAGUCAUGGAGCUCCUCACAAAGGACUGGAGCUUGUCAGCAAAGCUGCGACUGCCUGCCAUCAGCCGCCUGCAAAAAAUCCACAACGUGGAUAUUGCCUUGCAAGUACUUAAAAUCAGAGGGGUCGACCUGAACGACGAACAUGGCUCCAUCAUAAGUUGCAAAGACAUAGUGGAUGGGCACAGGGAGAAGACGUUGAGCCUUUUGUGGAAAAUAAUUUUUUCAUUUCAGGUGGAGCUUAUUUUGGAUGAGCAUCAGUUGCGGGAGGAGAUUGCUUUCUUGAGGCGAUCUCUGCUGUCAAAGCAGAGGUGGGCAUCUGCCAGGGCCGGCCGGGACCCUGCGACCGGCGCGCUCAAAACCAAGGCGCCGUACGACCAUCGUAGCAACAAAAUAGUUUUGCUGAUGGAAUGGGCCCGAGCUGUGUGUGACUUCUAUCAUCUCACGCUGGAGAACUUCACUGUGACGUUCUCAGACGGCCGUGUCCUCUGCUACCUCAUCCAUCACUACCAUCCCAGUCUCAUAGCGGAGGAGUCUGUCCACCACAGCACCACCCAAACCGUAGAUUGCUCAUCCAGGGGUCGCCUGGAGCUCAACCGCUCGGCCCUCGACUCCGACAGCUCUUUUGACGACGCUCUCGAAAGCCCACACGGAACCGGCGCCUCGUGUCCCUUUGCGGACUUUAAAGAGUUACUGGAAAAUGAGAAAAGCAACUUCCGGCUGGUUAACAGUGCAGCGGCUUUCCUGGGCGGCGUGCCCGCCAUGAUCAACCCAGCUGACAUGUCCAACACCAUCCCCAAUGAGAAGGUUGUAAUAUCUUACGUUUCUUUCCUGUGUGCUCGUCUCUUGGACCUGCGCAAUGAAACCAGAGCAGCUCGCAUCAUACAAAGUGUCUGGAGGAAUUACAGGAUUAAGAAAGACUGGCAACUCUACCAGGAGCGAAACAUGGCCGCUGGGAAAAUUCAGGCACUUGUCAAGCGUUUCCUCCUGCGAUGCCGGGCCAAGAAGCAAAAUGCAGCAUCCAUAAUCAUACAGUCAGCCUGGAGAGGCUUUGUUACCCGCAAGAAGCUGCAGAUGGAAAAAGAGGCAGAGCUCCUCAUCAGGCGGAAUCAAGCCGCAACAAUCAUCCAGGCACAGUGGAGAAAGUUUUCAGUGGCGAGAUAUUACCAGCGACUCCGGUACAACGCCAUUGUUGUCCAAGCGCAGUGGCGAAUGAAGAGAGCCGCCUCUGCCUUUGUGAAAGUCCGCCGGGCGACAACUGUCUUGCAGAGAUAUUUAAGAGCUCAGAUUCAUGCCAGAAACGUACGCAAGCGUUAUCUGACUCUCAAAGCUGCAGUGGUGAAAAUUCAGAGAGGCUACAGACUGUGGAACAUCCAGAAAACUCAACAAGAAAACCAUGCUGCCAAAAUAAUACAAAGCGCAUAUAGGAAGUGGCAAAUGGCCCAAAGAACAGCUGCCGCUGUCAAGAUUCAGUCUUUUUACAGAAUGCAAAGGUGCUCACGCCAAUACCGAAAGAUCCAAAGAAGCGUCUUGCUCAUUCAAGCCCACUACAGAGGUCAGGCGCAAAGGCGUGACUUUCAGAGGCAAAAGUUGCAACACAGCUCGGCCAUCGUCAUUCAGAGUGCCCUCAGGGGGCACCGCGUGAGGAAGCUGGCCGAGAAAAAGAAACGCGCCGCCGUCCAAAUCCAGCUCUGGUACAGAGCCUCUGCAAGACGAGACGCCGAAAGGCAAAGAUUUGUCAAGAUGCGCCGUGCCGCCAGGACCAUUCAGGUGGCUUACCGUCGGAAACGAAAGCGGGAUGCGCUGAAGCGACGGCACGCUGCAGCAACUGCCAUACAAGCUGCCUUCAGGAAAUUUGUUUCCCAAAAGCGCUACGUCAUCCUGCGAAAAGCAACAGUUGCAAUUCAGCAAAAGCGCCGAGCCACACUUUUAGCCCGUAAGACAAAGCGAGAAUAUGACACGCUAAGAAAGGCCGCACUCAAUGUACAAGCCCACUGGAAAGGCCGAGCUGACAGGAUGAGGAUGAAAAAAUACCACCAGUGUGCAACAAUUAUCCGGGCACACUACCGCCGGUACAAGGCUCAAGUGGACUUCCGCUCCAAAAAGGCCUCCGCCGUUGUCAUUCAACGGCGCUACCGGGCUUAUAUGCUCAGAAAGAAAACCAGGCUAGCGUUCCUCCAGAAGAGGGCAGCCUCUCUUACGAUCCAGGCCGCAUUUCGGGGCAUGAAAGUCAGAAGAGACCUGAAGAGAAAGCACAACGCCGCAACCGUCAUCCAGUCCACGCUCAGAAUGUAUUUGAGUCGAAAACGAUACGUUCUCCUUCAGAGCGCGAUCGUCACCAUCCAGUGCCGUUAUCGAGCUCGACUCCACGGCAGAGCGCAGCGGCACGAGUACAAAGAGCUAAAGAACUCCGCCGUAAAAAUCCAAGCGGUCUACAGAGGCUGGAGAGCAAGACGAGAAUUCAAGAAGAGAAACAAGGCCAUCAGAGCAAUCCAGGCUCUGUUCAGAAUGCGCAGAGCCCGGACGGCUUAUCUUGCUACCAAGUGUGCCGCAAUCACCAUUCAAGAGCGAUACCGGGCCAAAAUCCUCAUGGAUCGGCAGCGGGAGACGUACAGAAGCACAAAAUCUGCUGCGGUCAUCAUCCAGGCCGCAUAUCGCGGCUACUCCGCCCGCAUGAAGAUUGCACAGAUGCACCGUUGGGCCAGCGUCAUUCAGAGAAGAUUUCGCACCUUCCAAGAGCGGAAUCGAUUUCUGGCUUUGAAGACGGCAGUUUUGGUUCUCCAGCAGCGGUACCGAGCUGUGAGGGCAAUGAGAGAAGCACGGCUGCAAUUUGCGUCAAAGCGCGGAGCAGCCAUUUGCAUUCAAGCGGUUUUCAGGGGACACAAGAGCCGAAGGCAGUUGAGCAUCAAGCGUCAUGCUGCCGUGAAGAUUCAGUCGCAUUUCCGGCGGUAUCGGCAGAUGACUUACUACAAGAGGCUUCGAUGGGCUUGCAGUGUUGUGCAAGCUCGUUACCAAGCCAACAAAGAAAUGAGACGAGAGAGGUUGGCUCUGAGUGCCAAGAAACGUGCCGUCGUCGUCUUACAAGCCGCCCUCUGGGCGGUGAUAUCCAGACGACUUGUCAAACAAAAGCAUCAGGCUGCCGCGACCAUUCAGAGAACUUUCCGAGCGCACCGUCAACGCGAGAAGUACCUCGCCCUCAAGUCAGCAGCCCUCGCUGUGCAACGGAGAUACCGCGCCACCGUCGCGGCCAAAGCUCAAAUGCGACAUUAUCAAAAGAUGCGCAAGUCUUCAGUCAUCAUUCAGGCCGCGUACAGAGGACGGUGGCUCAGGAAGGAUGUUGCUCGUUGGCAUCGGGCGGCCACUUUGAUUCAGUCUACGUUCAGAAAGCACAGAGAACAAGUCCAAUUCCAGACCGUGCGUCUGUCAGCCGUUGUCAUCCAGAGAUUCUACCGGGCACACAUCCUCCAGAAACGCCAGAGGAGAGACUACCUCAAAAUCAGAUCCUCUGCCAUCAUUCUUCAGGCGGCUUUCAGGGGUUGCUCCGUGAGAGAAAGGAUCGCCAAGAUGCACAAAGCAGCGACGGUCAUACAAGCCAACUUCAAGAGGCACAAUCAACAAUUGCUCUUCAGGAAACAACGCUGGGCUGCUUGUGUCUUACAGCAGAGAUUUAGAGCUGUCAGUCAAAGAAACGUUGAGGUUCAACAUUAUCGAGAAGUCAGGAAAGCUGUGAUUUGUCUCCAAGCCGCCUUUCGGGGAAUGGAAUCAAGAAAAGCCAUCAGACAAAGACAUCGGGCUGCAACUCUCAUCCAGUCCGCUUUCAGAAGGCACCGAGAAGAAGUCCAAUUCCAGACCGUGCGUCUGUCAGCCGUUGUCAUCCAGAGAUUCUACCGGGCACACAUCCUCCAGAAACGCCAGAGGAGAGACUACCUCAAAAUCAGAUCCUCUGCCAUCAUUCUUCAGGCGGCUUUCAGGGGUUGCUCCGUGAGAGAAAGGAUCGCCAAGAUGCACAAAGCAGCGACGGUCAUACAAGCCAACUUCAAGAGGCACAAUCAACAAUUGCUCUUCAGGAAACAACGCUGGGCUGCUUGUGUCUUACAGCAGAGAUUUAGAGCUGUCAGUCAAAGAAACGUUGAGGUUCAACAUUAUCGAGAAGUCAGGAAAGCUGUGAUUUGUCUCCAAGCCGCCUUUCGGGGAAUGGAAUCAAGAAAAGCCAUCAGACAAAGACAUCGGGCUGCAACUCUCAUCCAGUCUGCUUUCAGAAGGCACCGAGAAGAAGUCCAAUUCCAGACCGUGCGUCUGUCAGCCGUUGUCAUCCAGAGAUUCUACCGGGCACACAUCCUCCAGAAACACCAGAGGAGAGACUACCUCAAAAUCAGAUCCUCUGCCAUCAUUCUUCAGGCGGCUUUCAGGGGUUGCUCCGUGAGAGAAAGGAUCGCCAAGAUGCAUAAAGCAGCGACGGUCAUACAAGCCAACUUCAAGAGGCACAAUCAACAAUUGCUCUUCAGGAAACAACGCUGGGCUGCUUGUGUCUUACAGCAGAGAUUUAGAGCUGUCAGUCAAAGAAACGUUGAGGUUCAACAUUAUCGAGAAGUCAGGAAAGCUGUGAUUUGUCUCCAAGCCGCCUUUCGGGGAAUGGAAUCAAGAAAAGCCAUCAGACAAAGACAUCGGGCUGCAACUCUCAUCCAGUCUGCUUUCAGAAGGCACCGAGAAGAAGUCCAAUUCCAGACCGUGCGUCUGUCAGCCGUUGUCAUCCAGAGAUUCUACCGGGCACACAUCCUCCAGAAACACCAGAGGAGAGACUACCUCAAAAUCAGAUCCUCUGCCAUCAUUCUUCAGGCGGCUUUCAGGGGUUGCUCCGUGAGAGAAAGGAUCGCCAAGAUGCAUAAAGCAGCGACGGUCAUACAAGCCAACUUCAAGAGGCACAAUCAACAAUUGCUCUUCAGGAAACAACGCUGGGCUGCUUGUGUCUUACAGCAGAGAUUUAGAGCUGUCAGUCAAAGAAACGUUGAGGUUCAACAUUAUCGAGAAGUCAGGAAAGCUGUGAUUUGUCUCCAAGCCGCCUUUCGGGGAAUGGAAUCAAGAAAAGCCAUCAGACAAAGACAUCGGGCUGCAACUCUCAUCCAGUCCGCUUUCAGAAGGCACCGAGAAGAAGUCCAAUUCCAGACCGUGCGUCUGUCAGCCGUUGUCAUCCAGAGAUUCUACCGGGCACACAUCCUCCAGAAACACCAGAGGAGAGACUACCUCAAAAUCAGAUCCUCUGCCAUCAUUCUUCAGGCGGCUUUCAGGGGUUGCUCCGUGAGAGAAAGGAUCGCCAAGAUGCAUAAAGCAGCGACGGUCAUACAAGCCAACUUCAAGAGGCACAAUCAACAAUUGCUCUUCAGGAAACAACACUGGGCUGCUUGUGUCUUACAGCAGAGAUUUAGAGCUGUCAGUCAAAGAAACGUUGAGGUUCAACAUUAUCGAGAAGUCAGGAAAGCUGUGAUUUGUCUCCAAGCCGCCUUUCGGGGAAUGGAAUCAAGAAAAGCCAUCAGACAAAGACAUCGGGCUGCAACUCUCAUCCAGUCCGCUUUCAGAAGGCACCGAGAAGAAGUCCAAUUCCAGACCGUGCGUCUGUCAGCCGUUGUCAUCCAGAGAUUCUACCGGGCGCACAUCCUCCAGAAACACCAGAGGAGAGUCUACCUCAAAAUCAGAUCCUCUGCCAUCAUUCUUCAGGCGGCUUUCAGGGGUUGCUCCGUGAGAGAAAGGAUCGCCAAGAUGCACAAAGCAGCGACGGUCAUACAAGCCAACUUCAAGAAGCACAAUCAACAAUUGCUCUUCAGGAAACAACGCCGGGCUGCUUGUGUCUUACAGCAGAGAUUUAGAGCUGUCAGUCAAAGAAACGUUGAAGUUCAACAUUAUCGAGAAGUCAGGAAAGCUGUCAUUUGUCUCCAAGCCGCCUUCCGGGGAAUGGAAUCAAGAAAAGCCAUCAGACAAAGGCAUCAGGCUGCAACUGUCAUCCAGUCUGCUUUCAGAAGGCACCGAGAACAAGUCCAAUUCCAGGCCGUGCGUCUGUCAGCCGUCAUCAUCCAAAGAGGCUACCGAGCCCACGUUCUUCAAAAGAAAGAAAGGCGGCAUUUCCUCAAAGUCAGAUCCUCAGUCAUCUGUCUGCAGGCAGUUUCCCGCGGUCAUUUGGAGAGAAGAAGAAUUGCUGUGAUGCACAGAGCUGCGACCAUCAUUCAAGCAAACUUUAAGAGACAUCUUCAGCAACGGACUUUGAAGAAACAACUCUGGGCCAUCGGCGUCUUGCAGCAGAGAUUUAGAGCUCAACGACAGCGAAGCCUCGAAGUCAAACAUUACGAGGAAGUCAGGAACGCCGUGAUUUGCCUCCAAGCCGCCUUCCGUGGAAGCCAAUCAAGAAAAUCCAUCAGACGCAUGUCUCAGGCCGCUACGACUAUUCAAACAACUUUCAGAGCUCAUUGUCAGUCCAAGCGCUUCAAGGAACUGAAAUCUUCUGCACUGACCAUUCAGCAAAGGUUUCGUGCUACUGCGGCAGCCAAAUCUCAGAGGAGAAAGUUCCUGCAAGUGCGCGGCGCCGCCAUCGUCCUUCAGGCGGCAUACCGAGGCCAGCAAAGCCGCAAGCGCAUUGCUCAAUUACACCAGGCGGCCACUGUGAUCCAAUUGGCAUACCGAAGGCACGUCGAGCUUGUGAAAUUUCAGCUGGUGUGUGCGUCUGUUAUCAUCAUUCAGAAGUACUUCCGGGCCUUAAUGCAGCAAAGGCAAGACAGACAUAAGUUCCUGCAAAUCAAACAGUCCGCUGUGGUUCUUCAGGCUGCGUAUCGAGGUCACCGCAUUAGGCGGGACAUUCGGCGGCAAAGUCGGGCUGCCACUUUGAUCCAGUCGUACUGGAGAUGCUCAGUCCACAGACGCAUCUUCCAGAAGAGGAGAGAGGCAGCCAUGAAGCUGCAGCAGAAGGUCCGAGCAACGCUGCUCGCCAAUGUACAACGGAAGGAGUAUUUGCGACUGCGACGGGCUACGAUUAUGCUUCAGACGCACUACAGAGCCUGGAUUGGACUGAAACGGGAACUUGAGGCUACCCGUGCACGGAGGAGACUUGGUUUUGCCGCCGCGGUCUACCACCACCUGAGUGCCAUCAAGAUCCAACGAGCUUUGCGAGCACACUGGGUCUUGGAGUCUGCCAAGAGACAGAUGCACUCUGUCAUCGUCAUACAAAAUCUGGUGCGAGCAAGGCUCCAACGGAGACGCUAUCUGGCACAGCGGCGGAAGGUGGUCACAGCCCAGAGAGCAGUCCGCCGUUGGUUAGCCCGUCGACACAAUUCCGCGGCGGUCAUCCAACGUGCCGCUCGCAAGUUCCUCCUCCUCCGGCGCCAAAAGAGAGUUGAACGGGGCGUGGUCAAAAUUCAGGCUCUUUGGAGAGGACAUGUCUCCCGCCGACUGAAUGACAAUGCCAAAGUGGUCAAGUUGAGACAGUGUUUGCGUAAAGUCUCCGCCGGCGCCCGGGAGGAGGACCAAUUGCGCAACAAAACCGCAUCUGCGCUGGACUGCAUCCUUCGAUACAAGCACUUCUCCUCCCUCCUGGAAGCUCUGAAAAACCUCGAAGCGGCCACCAGGUUGUCCCCUGUGUGCUGCGAGCACCUGGUGGAGAGCGGCGCCACCGGCGUCUUCUUCACCCUUAUCCGCUCGUGCAACAGAAGCGUGCCCUGCAUGGAUGUCAUCAACUUCUCCAUCCAGAUCCUACUCAACCUCUCCAAGUACCACAAAACCAUCAAGAAUGUGUAUUUGGUGGAAAACUCAGUGGAGACAUUGGUAGACCUAAUCCAGCGAUACCGAGGGAAAGCAGGAGAUAAAGUAGCCGAUAAAGGUGGCAGCAUCUUCACCAAAGCCUGCUUUCUGCUGAUUCUGCUCCUGCAAGACAAAAGCCAUGCCGAGGAGGUGAUGCGGUCUCCGAAAGUCUUGGAUAGGCUAGGAAGUAUUUACCGCCUCACUGUCCGCAAACACAAGUUGGAUACGGAAAGAAACGUAACCAAACACAAGAUGAACGCGUCACUCAAUGGAAGCUUCUACGUCCCGGCAACGCCACGCAAAUCCCAACCCGUGCCCAGGUUUGCACCCGACUGGGUUCUCAGGAAGGACAAACUUGCAAAUGUCGUGGAUCCUCUCAAGGCCAUUCAGAUGUUGGCCAACACUCUCGCCAUUGUCUUGUAAAUAGGUUGUAAAGUUAGCUCAUUUUUUCCUUUGUUUUUAAGGUACAGUACAUGGCCACAAUAAAUGCAUUUUUGUUGCUUGAUUUA